AUGACGAUCUCCUACUCGGGCAACUUUUUCCAAGUGCUGUCCCGAUGGCGCGGUUCGAUCUGGAAGGCCGUCUGGCGGGAGCUACUUGUCUAUUUAAUUCUGUAUUUUUGCGUGAGGAUCUGGUACAAAGUGAUGAUCGACUGGUUCUUUGGUGACCAUGCCGCGCAUGCCAAGCAUAAUUUCGGGGAGUUGUGCCACAUGUUCUACGAGUACACCCACGCCAUCCCGUUGACCUUCCUGCUUGGUUUCUAUGUGCAUAACGUCGUCGACAGAUGGUGGCACCAGUUCAAAUCGCUGCGCUGGCCAGAGGACAUAAUGGCCCCGUUGUGCAUCGUCAUCCCGAGGAAUGAUGAGAAGAGUCAAAAGCGGAGGCAUACCAUUGCCAGAUAUGUCAAUUUGGCUGCGGCUUUGGCUUGGCGUGACGUGUCUCCUAAACUGCGCCAUCGUUUCCCUACCGUAGCCGCGGUUGUGGAAUCGGGGUUGUUGACGGAGGAGGAGUACAACAUCAUUGAGGAGAAGCAUGCAGAUUGCCCUCAUAUUCGAUGGAUGACACCGUUGCACUGGGCCGAGCAGAUUAUGGAAGAUGAAGAUAAGGAAAACAAGCCCAACGCCCAUCACGUCCAUACUUUUUACCAUGAAGUCGCCGCUCUCCGUGAGUCACUUCGCGAGCUCUACUGCUUUGAUUGGGUCUGCGUCCCGUUGGUCUACACCCAGGUCACCUGCCUGGCGACGUAUGCCUACUUCUUCUUGUGCCUGUUUGGAGAUCAAUUUGUGGAGGGGAAGGAUAUCGAUCUUGUCUUUCCGGUCGUUUCAGUUAUAAAGUUCAUCUUCUUCAUUGGAUGGUUCAAGGUCGGACAAGACCUGAUGAGACCCUUCGGACUUGACGACGAUGACAUUGAACUGUCCUACAUCCUCGAUCGUAAUGUUCAGACGUCGUUCGGCAUCGUCAGCCGACUAGCCCUCGAGAGAUACCCCGAUUUGGAAAAGAACACCGACAAGAUGUGGGCCGCUCGGCCUAGCUACCAGCUCGUCAAGACUGGCACUAUCGUUUCGAAGACACAUUUGCAUCAUAGGCCCCAGUUGCACGCUAUCGUUCCCGUCGAUGGUGACGUGAAAGUUUCGCCGUUCCAAGAAAUGCUCUCCCAGUUCAGACGCCGUGAAUCCAGACAUCUUGCCUGG